AUGUCUAUUUACUUCAAAAGCGAGACUAGCAAUAUGGGCGUCGUUGGCGGUGGUAUACCCGAGGCCGCCGGCGGCGAGAGGCGGCAUGUGCCGCUGUACGGUAGACUGGUAGCCGAAGACCAGCUGGCGUCAAUGAGUGCGCCAUCAGACAUUCAGGUGAGCGCCACAGUGCGCGACCCCCGAGCUUUCUGCUGCUACCAUACCCCUGCCCAGGCUAUGCAGGCAAGAAUACCACAUCACUUUCGAGACCCUUCGACAGCACCGCUACGGAAACUCAGCGUAGACCUCAUCAAAACCUACAAACACAUAAACGAGGUAUGUAAAGCUUCAUAA